AUGUGUACAAACGGUGUUAUUUUAGCUACGGCAUCAUAUGAUCAUACUAUUAAAUUAUGGAGCUAGGAUUAAGUAUAGUUUCAUUCAAUAGAAUACUCAACAAAGAAAAGGCAAAGUCAAUUUUAAGUUUCAAAAAGUGCCUUUUUCAUAAAUAGAAUUGAGGUUUCUCAUGAUAAAUAAUAUCUUGGUGCUGCAGCAAGUUUUUCGGCAUAUAUUUAUGAUUUAGGCUAAGCCCCAUUACCAGAUAGACCAAAAUUCGCAUAUGAUGGUUAUUAAAAUAAUGUUACUUCGAUAGGAUUUAAGUAAAACAAUGGAUGGAUUUAUACUAGUUCAGAGGAUGGCAGUAUAAAAAUCCAUGAUUUAGCAAUGUAAGGUGUCUCUAAAACAUUUUCUAGCAAGGAACCUGUGAAUUAAGUAGUAUUACAUCCAAAUGAAGUUGAACUCAUUUCAGCAGAUUAAGCUGGAAAUGUUAAAAUAUGGGACUUAAGAAAAGAUACGUAAUGCAGAAAAAAAUUAGUCUUAGCUCCUGAAAUAGGUUUGAGAUCAGUUUCUGUAGCUAUUAAUGCUUAAUUCUUUUGUGCAGCAGAUUCUUCAGGAUCUCUUUUUAUAUAUAAAUUAGGAAAGAAUGAUGAAAUAUCUUCUAUGUAAAAAAUUGAGAAAGCUCAUGAUGAUUAUAUUCUAAAAUGUUAAAUUUCUCCAUUAGUUACGAGUAUAGCAACAUGCAGUGCUGAUAAAACAAUAAAAAUUUGGAGUUAAAAUCAAUAAUCAUAGAAAUUCGAAUAUAAAAAUACACUAUAUGGGCAUUAAAAGUGGGUUUGGGAUGUUGCAUAUGGAUGUGAUGGUGAAUUUUUAUUUUCUUGUUCCAGCGAUAAUAAUGCUAAAUUAUGGAAACUUGAUGAAAACUAAUAAUAAGUUGAGUGUUUUACAUUCAAAGGCCACCAACAAACAGUAAAUUGUGUAGCCUUUAAUGAUAUAACUAUAAAGAGUUGA